ACGCUGUCCUUUCUCUACUCUCUGCGUAGGAUUGCAGCCUUGUCUGUGCUUUUCCCGUCUCUUUGACGCUUGUCACUUGUCACCUCGUGUCUUGUCGCAUUUCCUUGUCGUAUCCAUGAGGAGCUCUCCGCGAGCCACCUGCGCAUCUGAUUGACUGAGCAGCCUGCAACCCAACCCACGCGAUGAUCAUACCCACUUCCAAGACGACGGCGUCGUCUUCACCCUACUCCUCAUGGGAAGGCUAUAGCAAAAUGCCUCCCGCCGCGUCUUCUGCUUCGAAUCUAGUCGCCGACGACCACAACAACAACAACCACCACACUCAUUUAUCCUCCACUGGCGACUCUAACUUUUCGCGACAACAACACAGCCCCAACGGCACUGGCGAGAAAACCAUGCCAUCAAACAUCUAUCCCUGGCAACCUGGUUUCGCGCGCCGAAUUCCCUGGGCAGGAAUCUCAUGUCUCUUUGGAGUCUUCUGCGCUGGAGUCGUGGAAAUUGCGAUUCUGAUCGCUUCGAAUGGGAAACCGAUUACGAGUUGGAAGUAUCCGCCGAGUUUGUAUUUGUCCAUGGCGUAUACGAUUGGGAAUAUUUUGCUCGCGGCGGGAUUUAGUCAAGGAUUGACUAUCUACUGGUGGCGACAAGCACUCAAAGAAGGUACACAAUUGGGAGAUUUACAUCGAAUAUGGGACCACGGGAUGAGUCCUGUAGCUGCACUGUUCGCAGGACGACAUUUUAAUUAUAUUUCUUUUGCGGCUUUGUUUCUGGCGAUUACACCGAUUAAUGGACCUUUGCUGCAACGGGCUUCUUCCAUUACGACGGAGAGGAAGCAGUUCUUGUCUGAAGAGGUGAAUGCGAGGAUUCCGGCUGUGACGAGUUUACAGAAUCCCACUGGAUGGACUUCUGGAAGGUCAUAUGGAGUGACUACGCUGGACGCGAAAUUUACGCCUGUGGUGUAUGAUUGGAAUACGGGAGCGAAUAUUAUGGCUAAUGGCACUGGUUGCGCGAGCGAUGGAAUUUGCAAUGGACAGCUGGAAGCUGCGGGACUGGCUAUCAGCUGUAAUGCCAGCACGGCGGACUUCGACAUUUCGAGCUUUGACUCCGAUGGGCAAAUGAGGAAUGCUUCCUUCGAAGGAAUUGAUCUGUUCCAGCUUACGCUUAGCUGGAGUGCACGGACAGAGGCUUCGAACAUGACACUCGACGUCCAAUGGAAACCCGGCAACGAAUGCCAGAAAGGAAAGCUCGAAGUACGAAACUGCACGAUCGGCGCAGCAACCGUCCGCUACCCAGUCACCAUAGACGGCAACAAAUCCACCAUCGCCCUCCAACAAGCCAGCAAACACACCGACGACACCAUCCUCUCACUCACCGACCUCCCCGCAGAAAACAUGUACGGCAUCCCCUCCCCCUUCGGCGGCUUCGCCUACGCCCUCUCCUCCAAAUUCAACUCCAAAACCCACAUCUCCUUCUCCGGCGCCGCAGGCUACACCAUGGUCUCCGAUGGCUCCCUCGCCGCGCAGUUCAUGGACAUGUCCUCCGUCAAAGACUACACCCAGGGAAUCUGCAACACAAAAUUCUCCGAUCCUACACCUUACAUUUUCCAACAAGCCCGCGAUCUCAUGUUCCGCACAGCCUUAUCCCAAGGCAACGCAACCACAAUGCAAAACCUCCAAAACCCAACCGAACUUCGCACUGUAACAGUUUACCAUUCCCAUUACGAAUACCUCGCCGGAGCAAUCGCCCUCACAUUCCUCGCCAUGGCUCUCGUGAUGGCGACAUUCAAUGGAUUCUGGCUCCUAGGGCGUAAUGUCACAAUGUCCCCCAUCGAGACUGCGAAAGCUUUCAAUGCGCCCCUUCUCGCUCACGAGCAUCCGAAUGCGGAAGUUCAAGAACUUGUGAAAGGUGCAGGAGCGAAACCUGUGCGAUAUGGAGAAGUUAUGACGCAGGUUGAUGAGGAGAGGAUGAGAGAUGAUGGGAACUCAAUGUACAAAGGCGUGGAAGCGAAUAAUCGAAGUACGGAGAAUAUCAUUGAGUUGAGGAAUUUCGUCUAUGGGUUUGAGGAUCCUUCGAGGGUGCAGCCGUUGAGCGGAAAGAGGAGGGGUGGAGGAGGUGGAGGAGGAGGUUUGUCAUGA